AAUAGGUUACACAUCCAUAUUUAUUUAACUAUUGCAAGUUUCAUGUCUCAUCUUUCUUUGUUGUGUGGUGUUGCAGUCCAGGUUACCGGAAGCAACUGGCAAACUCCGGUAGCUGCCUAGAAAGCUUGAUAAUGCUAAAUUUCCACACCGCGCAUGCAGGAUCACUCAGACAACUGAAUUUCUUUAAUGAUGCCUGUUUUUGGGGAGAGAUUGGAAUACAAAACCAGCGAAAUAAGAAAAUGCAUAAUAACAAUAUUGUUAAAUACACCUGUUAUGAUACUGGAGAUGAUCUGAAUGUGAUGUGUGUGAUCAUCUAUAAGUGUGCAAUAUUUUAUCUAGUAUAAAAGCCAGUAAUAGAAGGCAUUUAGUCUAAAAGCCAAACCAGUUGGUUGUUAAGGGGGUCUUUUGCAGUAGGAGGCAAAUAGUGCUAGUGUACCGGACCUUUUUGUGGAAGGUUGAACAGCAAAGAGCGGUAAUUUCUACAUGUAAAUAUUUAUAUUCUAGUUUGUUUGUUUUGAUUAUUGUUUCUUUAUUUUUCUAUCUUUUUUACGGAUAUAAUUUGUACAUAUUUAUGAGCAGUUUUGAAUGGACUGUAAUAAGGAACGGACACUGUCAAUAAAUUACAUUUUGCAUAUAAGUGCUCUGCCAUAUUCUUUGUGACCUGUAUUUCAUCAUGCCUCAUCACACUCUCCCUUGUGUGGUUUUAAACCUUUAUUAGUUUUUUUUUAAAUCCUGUUAAGCACAAAAGAAGAUUUUUUAAAUAAAAUUAAAACUGCUGGCUUUCUUUAUGUUCCAGAAGAAAGGAAAUGUUUAAAACCACAUGACGGAGAGUAAAUGGUAAGGUCAUUGUCAUUUUUGGGUAAAACAUCCAGUUAAUGCUUGUUGCUUUGUGCCUUCAUACUAAAGUUCACUUUUUUUUUUAAGACCUGAUGGUGCUGAAAGAAGAGACUCAAUGGAAUAAAACGGAAGAGAAACAUUUUGAGAAACACCAAGAAACAACAACUGAUGAAAAACCCACACUGACUGAAAAAACUUCAUCAUGCGGAGGACCUCGGAAAUCCAAAUCUGCGUGUAAUUUUACUUGUCUUCAGUGUGGAAACUGUUUCACUCGAAAACACAACCUUCAAGUCCACAUGAGAGUUCACACUGGGGAGAAGCCUUACUCUUGCCCUCAGUGUGGAAAGAGUUUUAAGCAAAAUGGCUACCUUAAAGUCCACAUGAGAACUCACACUGGAGAGAGGUGCUACACAUGCCAACAGUGUGGACAACGCUUCUAUACUACAGGAAACUUUGCACAGCACAUGAGAAUUCACACUGGAGGGAGGCUGUACACAUGCCUACAGUGUGGAAAAAGCCUCUAUCAAUCAGCAAACUUGGCAGCGCACAUGAGAAUUCACACUGUGGAAAAGCCUUACUCUUGCAUUCAGUGUGGAAAGAGUUUUAAGCAAAAUAGCAGCCUUGAAGCCCACAUUAGAGCUCACAAUGAUGGCAGAAUUUUUACUUGCCCACAGUGUGGGAAAAGUUUUGCUCAAAAGAAAGACCUUGAGAUCCACAUGUUGAUUCACACUGGAGAGAAACCUUACACAUGCACAGAGUGUGGUAAAAGUUUCAGAUUUAAAAGCACACUCAAACAACACAUGAUAAGUCACACCAGAGAGAAGCCAUUUACAUGUGCUCAGUGUGGAAGGAGCUUCACAACCAAAUCUAGCCUCUUGAACCACAUGAAUGUUCACACUGGAACCAUAGUAUUCACAUGUGAUCAGUGUGGAAAGACUCUCACACGCAAAGACUCCAUUAAGAACCACAUGAAGACUCAUUCAGUAGAGCGUUUUAGAUGCAGUGAAUGUGGAAAAGGCUUUAAAUCUAAAAGAAGCCUCAACACUCACAUGAAGCUUCACAAUGGAGAGCAGAGUUCUCAAAAUUGAGGCCUUGUCCACCGGAGCUUGGGGCUCUCUCCUGGUACAGCAUGCCAAACAAGUGUGAACUCUUGAAUACAUAUCAAGUUACUGAAAAUGAAACCCUUUGAACACCUGAAGAUUUAAACUCAAUAACUGAGGAGGGGUGAAGAUUUUUUUGUAGUGUAGAUCAUGGGUCACAGAGCAGUACCAGGUUGUAAGAGUUUCAACUUUAUGAUGAACCAAUAACCAUAUUUUUGCACAUUGCACACUUCAAAUGGUCAACAAUGAGAAGAAAAUUAGAAAGAUUAGGGAGGAGAAACUGUCCUACGCCCUUAGAUUGUGUUUUUAAUCAUUCAUAUUAAUUGAUUGUCAUUCACGUAACCGAACACAGAUUUGCCUCCAGUUUUGGGCUUUUGUCUGCACUUUAUAAAAUCUGUUGGCGAAUGAAAGUCCGGCUAACCUCAUGCGAUGUGAACUCGCCAUAAGGUAUUGACAGUGACUGACUGAAGCAGACUCCCUAAACCCUGUUCAGACUACAAAAUGACAUUUCCCAGUUGCAAAAGAUCAGAUUUGUGUUAGAUAAUUAUGUGGUUUUGGGUAACAAAUGAAGACUUUGGUUUCAGAACACUGCACAUUUAUUUUGAUGGACUGAUUUAAGAAAUGAACAAGUUUUUUAUGAAGACCAUUUAAUUUCUGUAUGCAACUAGUUACCUUUAAAGAUAUGUUCAUGUGAGAACUCCCACAUUACUACAGAUAAAUCGGUGUAUGGGAAACCCAGUGUUGCUAUUGUGAAUGAGAACGUGAGUGAUUUGUUAGCUUAAAUGCUAAUUUCAGAAAUAAACAGACUACUUAAGCACUUCAGCUUUUUGUUCAUUUAAAUUAUUAUUUAUAUGCAAUACAUAUUGCACUGCUCAUGAGCGCUGAUUAUAUUGUGCACUGUCUGUAAGUGGUGUGUGUGUUAGGUGUGUGUAUGUAGACAGCCUAAUAUGAGUCUAUUAAUCUCAAAGUCACACUUUAAAAGAAACUUUAUACCA